CGGAGGCCCUGCCCCGCCCCUGCACCUCCGACUUGGUCUCGUCCGCAGCCGCCCCCACCCCGCAGCACGCUGUGGUACGCGCUGCGUUCCGCGCGACCUAAGAUGGCGGCUUCCGUGUGCAGUGGGUUGCUGAGGCCAAGGGUGCUGUCCUGUAGCCGAGAGCUGCCUUGCACUUGGCGCGCCCUGCACACCUCCGCGGUCUGCGCCAAGAACCGGGCGGCCCGAGUCCGCGUAAGCAAGGGAGACAAGCCGGUGACCUACGAGGAGGCACACGCGCCGCACUACAUCGCCCACCGUAAGGGCUGGCUGUCGCUGCACACAGGUAACCUGGAUGGGGAGGACCAUGCCGCAGAGCGAACAGUGGAGGAUGUUUUCCUUCGCAAGUUCAUGUGGGGUACCUUCCCAGGCUGCCUGGCUGACGAGCUGGUUAUAAAGCGCCGGGCUAACCAGUUGGAGAUCUGUGCCCUGGUCCUGAGGCAGUUGCCUGCACACAAAUUCUACUUCCUUGUGGGCUAUAGUGAAACUUUGCUGUCUCACUUUUUCAAAUGUCCUGUGCGACUCCACCUCCAAACUGUGCCCUCAAAGGUUGUGUAUAAGUAUAUCUAGGAUGAUCCCCCUUUUUUUGUGCAUCAAGCUGUAGCCUGCAGAGAAUGGAAAUGCGGGAAAGGAAUGGAACGUGAGGAAAUACAUCCCCUCAGAGGACCGAGGCAUGGUCUCAGCUGCUUUUAAUAAAGACCCUCUAUGUUGUC